CCCCACUAAAAGCAGUUAAAGAGAGAAAAGAGCAGCAGGUUACAGACCCCCCUCAAAAUUCAAUUAUUCUCUUUUUUUUCGAAAUUCAAUUCAAAUCCAAAGAGAAAAAUGGAUCGAUCGGUGCCGUUACCUUUCGCAUCAUCCGCCGCCGAUUCCGAUGAAGUAAUCAUCACUGCGGGAGACUCAAGCGGUGGUGGUGGUGGUGGUUACGAGAUGAAGAGCAAAGUGAAAGGACCUUGGUCGACGGAGGAAGACGCGGUCCUCACGAAGCUCGUGAGCAAGUUAGGUCCGAGGAACUGGAGUUUGAUCGCACGCGGUAUCCCUGGCCGUUCAGGCAAAUCGUGUCGAUUGCGUUGGUGUAAUCAGCUUGACCCUUGUCUUAAGCGUAAACCAUUCUCUGAUGAGGAAGAUCGUAUGAUCAUCUCUGCGCACGCCAUUCACGGUAACAAAUGGGCGGUGAUUGCGAAAUUGUUACCAGGGAGAACAGAUAACGCUAUCAAGAACCACUGGAACUCAACGCUUAGACGCAAGUACUCGGAUCUUUGGAAGAAUAACAGUCAGUGCAUGGCGGCUAAUCAAGUUACCACUGCUUACAUCAAGAACGAAAAUGUGGAACAAGGAUUGCCUCAAGAAGAGAUCAUUUCACCACCAGAGGCUCCACAGGUUGUUGAUGCUGCAAUGUAUGAUGAGCCCACCACACAAGUUGUUGAUGUUACAAUGGAUGAUGCACCACCACCCAAUGAACCUCAAGAACGUGUUGAUCAUAUAGAAGAGAGUAGCAUUCCUGUGUUUCGCCCGGUGGCUCGUGCUGGCGCCUUCAGGGUGUAUAACCCAACAAGCCAGAGAAAUGGGUACAGGGAUCACAAUGUGGUUCCAUGCGAGGGACCGUUGAUUCAAGCGGCCAAGCCUGAUUCAUUAGCUGGUAAAUUUCUACAGUCUCUUUGCGGCGAACCUAACAUACCUUCCAAGUGUGGUCACGGUUGCUCUACUCAUCCAGCUGAGUCCGGUAAGUCGGUGUUGGGGGCUGAGUUUGUGGAUUAUGAAGAGCCUUGUCCAGUUUUCAACCAAGAACUUAUAUCUAUAGCGACUGAUUUGAACAACAUUGCGUGGAUAAAGAGUGGUCUUGACAAUACCAUUGUCAGAGAAGCAGAACAGAGUUUGAAGAUGGAUCAUAUCAGUUUUAAUGAUCCUCGAAUCAAAUUUUCUGGAAUGAUGCCUAGACAACAUUUCUUCUGUGCAAGAAGCUGAACCUCAGAUGUUUUUUUCUGACAUUUUGAUUCGGAGUUGAUUAAAGAGAGAUUGCAAAAGAGAAGGAAGAAGGCUUGCUAUAUAUUCCUGAUAAUGUCAUUUUACAAGCACUUUUCUCCUUACUUUUUUUUUUACAUAUAUAAGUAUUUACAAAACAGAGUAUGAAGAUCAAUUUACAAUUUUUAAAAAAAUAUU